GACAGAAUACGCCGUUAGUCCAACCAGCAGAUGUGAAAAAUGGUAGCGAGAGUGCACACCCGUGUGAGCGUGCCCCACACCCGUGAGGCGUGAGCGUGACCCAUUGCCGCCGUAAACAACGAAGCGCAUGGCUAGCAAUUUGCAGGCGGCCCUCGCGCAGCGCAACGCCCCGCGUGCAGCGGAGGCGGCGACCGACGCCUGUCUGAGCCGUACGCGGGCGAACGCGCCCCGACACACAGACUGACGCUGACGGCCGCCACGUGGCACCCCUCGCCCCCGCCACACCCGCGCGAGCUCGCCCGCUGUGGCGGCGCGGCGGUCGCGGUAAAAGGCGCGACCGCACUGCCUCUCGGCCGCUCUAGCCGAGCCGAGAGCGCCCUCGCCCUCGCCCUCACCCUCGUCGCCGCCGCCGCUCCGGGUCGCUGCGGCCGGCGUGGGAGAGCGUGUCACGCGGCUCGACGACCGUCGCGCCCCAAAGGCGCAGUACGGCGCGCGCCGUCGAGCAGUCGCGGCUUCUCAGCUGUGGCCACGCGCGCGCCUGCGCACCGCGGCGCCGCGCCGCGAGCAGCGGGAGCGUCAGGACGGAAGUGCGCCUGGCGAUGGAGUAUGAACAAGACGAGCGGGAGGGCACCGAGACACAUGUUCGCCGCACCGGUGGAUGGUCCAAUAAUGGUCGUCGUGCCUGCGCCUGCGGCUAUUGCAGCGGCAGCGGCGAUCGCAGCAGCAGGGCAGCUAGCUAGGAUCACCGGCGCCUCACCCGCCGGUGGAAGCUUUGUGGCCUUGUCCGGCCACGUUGUACGGAUUUAUGUCGCCGGCGCCGAGGGAUGGCAAGCCGCGCCCGCCUGAGCGAGCGGCGUCAGCCAGCCGCGCAGCGCUCGGCGAAUCUGAGUGAAUGCCGGCGACGCGCUCGCGACAGCGCAGCGCCGCACCGUGUGCCCUGCAGAAGGCGCGCGUCGUCGCCCGGAAGGACGGCAUCGCGCGAAGCUGGCUCUGUGGACGCACGAUCAGCGCUGUACGCGGCUCUUCCUGCGACAGGAAGCAGCAGGGGCUGUCAUGCCGCCGGAGCAGUCUCGGCAGCACGUCGAACGCGCGGCGGCGAGGGAGGUCUGUGGGUCGCCAGGGCGCGUGUGCGGGCCGAGGGUGCGCCGGUGGGCGUGUGGGGUGGGGUGGGUUGCUCAGGGGCGCUCACACGCGCGCACGGCGACGCACGGCGCGAUUUGCUUCGCAUGCG